UUUCCCUGCGCAGUUCUCCGCAGCCUCCCGCGGGGAAGCGCCGGGGUUGCUCUCCAGGCUCCGGCGCUCCAGAACUGCGAGCAAGCAGCCCCGCCAGGCAGCCGGUGCGCACGGUCCAGAGCGCACAGGGCGAGAGCGUGCAAGCCUGGGAGAGGGUCCUCUUGCCCACGAUCGAGCCAUCGCGCCGCGGGUCCAGCCCGAGGGCCAGCAGGGACCACCGCCCCCGACUUUGCGUUCCAGUUGCGGCUCCUCCCGGGACAACAUGUCAAGAGCUGCUGCCGCUACAGCUACAGCUACAGCUGCCGCCGCCACCUGGGAAAAAGCAGCAGCAGCAGUGGCUGCGGCGACCGCGGGCACGCGGGGGCAAUAAGCUGAACCACUCGGGCGUCCAGCAGGCUGGGGCAGCACCCCAAGUGCCUGGGGGACUCUCUUUGCGCUAACUGCUCGGGCGGGACCAAGCCAUGUGCUGAGCCAUGCCCCUGGCCGUGCCCGCGGGCCGCGCAUGGGGCAGCGCCUGAGCGGCGGCCGAUCCUGCCUCGAUGUCCCCGGCCGGCUCCUGCCGCAGCCGCAGCCGCCCCCGCCGCCGGUGAGGAGGAAGCUGGCGCUCCUCUUCGCCAUGCUCUGCGUCUGGCUUUACAUGUUCCUGUACUCGUGCGCCGGCUCCUGCGCCGCCGCGCCGGGGCUGCUGCUGCUGGGCUCGGGCUCCCGCUCCCCUCACGCCCCGCCGGCCCCGGCCACCGCUGCGGACGGGACGUCUCUCCGACUGCCGCCGUUCCGGGCGCCGCCGGCCACUCCGGUGGCCGAGGAGGAGGAGCAGAGUCCCGAGGCGCCGGACUCCCCCAGCCCCAUCUCCAGCUUUUUGGGUGGGUCUGGGAGUAAGCAGUUGCCGCAGGCCAUCAUCAUCGGCGUGAAGAAGGGCGGCACGCGGGCGCUGCUGGAGUUCCUGCGCGUGCACCCCGACGUGCGCGCCGUGGGCGCCGAACCCCACUUCUUCGACCGCAGCUAUGACAAGGGCCUCGCCUGGUACAGGGACCUGAUGCCCAGGACUCUGGAGGGACAGAUCACCAUGGAGAAGACGCCUAGCUACUUUGUGACGCGCGAGGCGCCGGCGCGCAUCUCGGCCAUGUCCAGGGACACCAAGCUCAUCGUGGUGGUGCGCGACCCGGUGACCAGGGCCAUCUCGGACUACACGCAGACGCUGUCCAAGCGGCCCGACAUCCCCAGCUUCGAGAGCCUGACGUUCAAGAACAGGAGCGCCGGCCUCAUCGACACGUCGUGGAGCGCCAUCCAGAUUGGCAUCUAUGCCAAGCACCUGGAGCACUGGCUGCGCCACUUCCCGCUGCGCCAGCUGCUCUUCGUGAGCGGCGAGCGGCUCAUCAGCGACCCGGCCGGCGAGCUGGGCCGCGUGCAGGACUUCCUGGGCCUCAAGCGCAUCAUCACGGACAAGCACUUCUACUUCAACAAGACCAAGGGCUUCCCCUGCCUCAAGAAGCCCGAGGGCAGCAGCAAGCCCCACUGCCUGGGCAAGACCAAGGGCCGGCCGCACCCCGAGAUCGCGGCCGAGGCGCUGCGCAGGCUGCGCGACUUCUACCGGCCCUUCAACCUCAAGUUCUACCAGAUGACUGGCCAUGACUUUGGCUGGGAUUGAAGGCCGACAAGGGGGAAGAGGGAUCUGUGACUUAACCACGUGGCUUAUGUAUUGGAGAGAGAUUAUAUAUGUAUGUAAAAUGUACAGAAAUCUAUUUUAUAAUAAUUUAUUUUUAAUUCAUAAGCAAUUAAUUCACUAAGCUGCCUAGCCACACUCUUGAAGAGAGUCCACUUCCUAGUCUGUUAACAUUCCAAAGCGUGUAACUCCGAGAAAGUCUGUCGUUCUAUUCCUCGCGACAAUGGAUGGUGCUUCCGGUUCCCCUCCCCGACUCCCCCCUUGUCUAGCAUAUUUAAAAAGAAGAAGAAAAGCACAGCUUGAGAUUUUCGUUGUUACGGGUAUUCUGCCUUUGAUCGCUGUUGCAGUUCUCCAGUGGCUGUCUGCUUGUCGGUGUCUGCUUCCUCUGCCUGGGUACCAUGUGUGAGCCCUAAGAUGCUGCUGUAUCCUGAGGGUCCUCCCUCGCCACUCAGCUUCUUUGGGGAAGUGAUGCUAGCAAGCCACAGGGCUGGGGACCCCACGUCUACCCAGCGCAUGCUGGAAGACACUCGCUUUCCCACAGGUGUCCACAUGCUGGCAG